AUACAGAAUGAAGUAUCGACAGUUAACCUAUACAAGAAAAAUAAUCUAGAGUUCCUGGGUUCGUAAAUAUAAAUCCUCAAAAUGCGUAUUGAAACUUGUUACUUUUGUUCUUCCAAAAUAUACCCUGGUCACGGAAUUCAAUUCGUCAGAAAUGAUUCAAAAGUUUUCAAAUUCUGCCGAUCAAAAUGUCAUGCAGCCUUCAAAAAGAAAAAGAAUCCACGUAAAAUAAGGUGGACUAAAGCUUACAGAAAGACUGUAGGAAAAGAAUUAGCAGUAGAUCCAUCCUUCGAGUUUGAAAAGCAGAGAAAUGUUCCACUAAAAUACAGUCGAGAAAAUAUGCAUAAAAUAUUGGAUGCUAUGAAGGAAAUUGUCAAUAUCAAAGAAAAGAGAGAAGCUUUACAUAUUAUGCAAAGGCUUCGUGCUGCAAAGGAAAUUGAGCACACUAGAGAUGUUCGAGAGGUCCAAAGCAAUAUGGCACUCAUUAAAUCUCCAGCUGCUGGCCUACGACAAAGACAAGUAGAAGAACAAGCACAAGAACAAACAGAAGCGGUAGGAGAAAAAGAGAGUGAAGAUAGAAUGGAAGUUGAAUAUUGUGGGGAAGUAACCUUGUAAAUAGAAUUAUUGUAUUAUUCAUCUUUAAUAUAUUGUUUUGGAACAAUCUU